UUUGUACACAGAAGGGAGCCGGUUUGUCAACUCCUGUCACCUCAUUAAUGGGCUGCUCUUUUUCCUUCUAUGUUUCUUCAGAUUUAAUUACUGGCUGAAACUUUACCGAUGUCAUCAGUGCAAGCAUGGAACUAAGUAAAGAGAUGGACAAACAGCCAGUCAUUGAACCAAAGGCAGAACUCAGGAAUGCACGUAACCUGAACGUGCUCUUAGCUGUGUUGUUGUUGUGUCUUGUUGUGGCUGCCAUCAUCCUGGGAGCUUAUUUUGGGAUACAUGGAUCUCAAAAAGAGCUCCCAUCCCAGCGACACUUUAUGAUAAAAGCUUCAACCUGCACACAUGGGAAUUACAUCUGCAACAAUGGCCAGUGCGUUACCAAGAUCAACCCAGAGUGUGACAAUGUAAUUGAUUGCUUGGACCAGUCAGAUGAGAUGGAAUGCAGCUGUGGUGCACCCCAACUAUCCAAUAGAAUUGUGGGGGGCGCAGAUGCUACUGAGGGUGAGUGGCCCUGGCAAGUCAGCCUGCGUUUAAUUAACUGGGGCCAUGGAUGUGGGGCCACGCUUGUGGCAGACACCUGGCUGAUCUCAGCUGCUCAUUGUUUUAUAAGCAAUCCAAAUCCACUGAGCUGGGAGGCAGAUUUGGGAACCAUCUAUAGAGACAGUCAACAUGCUACAACAGUGAGAAGGAGUAUUACGAGGAUCGUUUCUCACCCCUUAUUUGACAGAACAUCCCUUGAUUAUGACGUGGCUGUCGUGGAGUUAUCUAGCCCCGUAUCAUUCUCCAGAUCUAUCCAGCCUGUGUGCCUGCCAUCCCCCGUGCACAUCUUCCCCACAGGAAAGAACUGCAGUAUCACAGGAUGGGGAACCCUUAGAGAAGGAAGUGAUUAUUUAUCCAUCAUUCUCCAGGAAGCCCGUGUUCCAAUAUUCAAUAUGAGCGAAUGUGUCAAACUCAAUAGAUACCCUCUAACACCACGAAUGAUUUGUGCCGGAUUCUCAGCUGGUGGAGUGGACAGCUGUAAGGGUGAUUCUGGUGGCCCCUUGGUGUGUGAGGAGUCACCAGGCAAAUGGUUCCUGGCUGGUAUUGUGAGCUGGGGAGAAGGUUGCGCCCGACCAAACAGACCUGGUAUCUACACAAGAGUGACGGCGAUCCGGGACUGGGCCUUGCACAUAAUGACACAGUCUAAUGUAAUCACUACUACGGCUGAGACCGAAAGAGAACUGACCACUUCAGUGACAAAUAGGACCUCGACCUCCACUUUAGCAGUAGCAGAAAACUGCACACAUGGGAAUUACAUCUGCAACAACGGCCAGUGCCUUACCAAGAUCAACCCAGAAUGUGACAAUGUAAUUGAUUGCUUGGACCAGUCAGAUGAGAUGGAAUGCAGCUGUGGUGCACCCCAACUAUCCAAUAGAAUUGUGGGGGGCGCAGAUGCUACUGAGGGUGAGUGGCCCUGGCAAGUCAGCCUGCGUUUAAUUAACUGGGGCCAUUGGUGUGGGGCCACGCUUGUGGCAGACACCUGGCUGAUCUCAGCUGCUCAUUGUUUUGUAAGGAAUCCAAAUCCACUGAGCUGGGAGGCAGAUUUGGGAACCAUCUAUAGAGACAGUCAACAUGCUACAACAGUGAGAAGGAGUAUUACGAGGAUCGUUUCUCACCCCUUAUAUGACAGAACAUCCCCUGAUUACGACGUGGCUGUACUGGAGUUAUCUAGCCCUGUAUCAUUCUCCAGAUCUAUCCAGCCUGUGUGCCUGCCAUCCCCCGUGCACAACUUCCCCACAGGAAAGAACUGCAGUAUCACAGGAUGGGGAACCCUUAGAGAAGGAAGUGAUUAUUUAUCCAUCAUCCUCCAGGAAGCCCGUGUUCCAAUAUUCAAUAUGAGCGAAUGUGUCAAACUCAAUAGAUACCCUGUAACACCACGAAUGCUUUGUGCUGGAUUCUCAGCUGGUGGAGUGGACAGCUGUAAGGGUGAUUCUGGUGGCCCCUUGGUGUGUGAGGAGUCACCAGGCAAAUGGUUCCUGGCUGGUAUUGUGAGCUGGGGAGAAGGUUGCGCCCGACCAAACAGACCUGGUGUCUACACAAGAGUGACGGCGAUCCGGGACUGGGCCUUGCACGUAAUGACACAGUCCAAUGUAAUCACUACUACGGCUGAGACCAAAAGAGAACUGACCACUUCAGUGACAAAUAGGACCUCGACCUCCACUUUAGCAGUAGCAGAAAACUGCACACAUGGGAAUUACAUCUGCAACAACGGCCAGUGCCUUACCAAGAUCAACCCAGAAUGUGACAAUGUAAUUGAUUGCUUGGACCAGUCAGAUGAGAUGGAAUGCAGCUGUGGUGCACCCCAACUAUCCAAUAGAAUUGUGGGGGGCGCAGAUGCUACUGAGGGUGAGUGGCCCUGGCAAGUCAGCCUGCGUUUAAUUAACUGGGGCCAUGGAUGUGGGGCCACGCUUGUGGCAGACACCUGGCUGAUCUCAGCUGCUCAUUGUUUUAUAAGCAAUCCAAAUCCACUGAGCUGGGAGGCAGAUUUGGGAACCAUCUAUAGAGACAGUCAACAUGCUACAACAGUGAGAAGGAGUAUUACGAGGAUCGUUUCUCACCCCUUAUUUGACAGAACAUCCCUUGAUUAUGACGUGGCUGUCGUGGAGUUAUCUAGCCCCGUAUCAUUCUCCAGAUCUAUCCAGCCUGUGUGCCUGCCAUCCCCCGUGCACAUCUUCCCCACAGGAAAGAACUGCAGUAUCACAGGAUGGGGAACCCUUAGAGAAGGAAGUGAUUAUUUAUCCAUCAUUCUCCAGGAAGCCCGUGUUCCAAUAUUCAAUAUGAGCGAAUGUGUCAAACUCAAUAGAUACCCUCUAACACCACGAAUGCUUUGUGCCGGAUUCUCAGCUGGUGGAGUGGACAGCUGUAAGGGUGAUUCUGGUGGCCCCUUGGUGUGUGAGGAGUCACCAGGCAAAUGGUUCCUGGCUGGUAUUGUGAGCUGGGGAGAAGGUUGCGCCCGACCAAACAGACCUGGUAUCUACACAAGAGUGACGGCGAUCCGGGACUGGGCCUUGCACAUAAUGACACAGUCUAAUGUAAUCACUACUACGGCUGAGACCGAAAGAGAACUGACCACUUCAGUGACAAAUAGGACCUCGACCUCCACUUUAGCAGUAGCAGAAAACUGCACACAUGGGAAUUACAUCUGCAACAACGGCCAGUGCCUUACCAAGAUCAACCCAGAAUGUGACAAUGUAAUUGAUUGCUUGGACCAGUCAGAUGAGAUGGAAUGCAGCUGUGGUGCACCCCAACUAUCCAAUAGAAUUGUGGGGGGCGCAGAUGCUACUGAGGGUGAGUGGCCCUGGCAAGUCAGCCUGCGUUUAAUUAACUGGGGCCAUUGGUGUGGGGCCACGCUUGUGGCAGACACCUGGCUGAUCUCAGCUGCUCAUUGUUUUGUAAGGAAUCCAAAUCCACUGAGCUGGGAGGCAGAUUUGGGAACCAUCUAUAGAGACAGUCAACAUGCUACAACAGUGAGAAGGAGUAUUACGAGGAUCGUUUCUCACCCCUUAUAUGACAGAACAUCCCCUGAUUACGACGUGGCUGUACUGGAGUUAUCUAGCCCUGUAUCAUUCUCCAGAUCUAUCCAGCCUGUGUGCCUGCCAUCCCCCGUGCACAACUUCCCCACAGGAAAGAACUGCAGUAUCACAGGAUGGGGAACCCUUAGAGAAGGAAGUGAUUAUUUAUCCAUCAUCCUCCAGGAAGCCCGUGUUCCAAUAUUCAAUAUGAGCGAAUGUGUCAAACUCAAUAGAUACCCUGUAACACCACGAAUGCUUUGUGCUGGAUUCUCAGCUGGUGGAGUGGACAGCUGUAAGGGUGAUUCUGGUGGCCCCUUGGUGUGUGAGGAGUCACCAGGCAAAUGGUUCCUGGCUGGUAUUGUGAGCUGGGGAGAAGGUUGCGCCCGACCAAACAGACCUGGUGUCUACACAAGAGUGACGGCGAUCCGGGACUGGGCCUUGCACGUAAUGACACAGUCCAAUGUAAUCACUACUACGGCUGAGACCAAAAGAGAACUGACCACUUCAGUGACAAAUAGGACCUCGACCUCCACUUUAGCAGUAGCAGAAAACUGCACACAUGGGAAUUACAUCUGCAACAACGGCCAGUGCCUUACCAAGAUCAACCCAGAAUGUGACAAUGUAAUUGAUUGCUUGGACCAGUCAGAUGAGAUGGAAUGCAGCUGUGGUGCACCCCAACUAUCCAAUAGAAUUGUGGGGGGCGCAGAUGCUACUGAGGGUGAGUGGCCCUGGCAAGUCAGCCUGCGUUUAAUUAACUGGGGCCAUUGGUGUGGGGCCACGCUUGUGGCAGACACCUGGCUGAUCUCAGCUGCUCAUUGUUUUGUAAGGAAUCCAAAUCCACUGAGCUGGGAGGCAGAUUUGGGAACCAUCUAUAGAGACAGUCAACAUGCUACAACAGUGAGAAGGAGUAUUACGAGGAUCGUUUCUCACCCCUUAUAUGACAGAACAUCCCCUGAUUACGACGUGGCUGUACUGGAGUUAUCUAGCCCUGUAUCAUUCUCCAGAUCUAUCCAGCCUGUGUGCCUGCCAUCCCCCGUGCACAACUUCCCCACAGGAAAGAACUGCAGUAUCACAGGAUGGGGAACCCUUAGAGAAGGAAGUGAUUAUUUAUCCAUCAUCCUCCAGGAAGCCCGUGUUCCAAUAUUCAAUAUGAGCGAAUGUGUCAAACUCAAUAGAUACCCUGUAACACCACGAAUGCUUUGUGCUGGAUUCUCAGCUGGUGGAGUGGACAGCUGUAAGGGUGAUUCUGGUGGCCCCUUGGUGUGUGAGGAGUCACCAGGCAAAUGGUUCCUGGCUGGUAUUGUGAGCUGGGGAGAAGGUUGCGCCCGACCAAACAGACCUGGUGUCUACACAAGAGUGACGGCGAUCCGGGACUGGGCCUUGCACGUAAUGACACAGUCCAAUGUAAUCACUACUACGGCUGAGACCAAAAGAGAACUGACCACUUCAGUGACAAAUAGGACCUCGACCUCCACUUUAGCAGUAGAAAACUGCACACAUGGGAAUUACAUCUGCAACAACGGCCAGUGCCUUACCAAGAUCAACCCAGAAUGUGACAAUGUAAUUGAUUGCUUGGACCAGUCAGAUGAGAUGGAAUGCAGCUGUGGUGCACCCCAACUAUCCAAUAGAAUUGUGGGGGGCGCAGAUGCUACUGAGGGUGAGUGGCCCUGGCAAGUCAGCCUGCGUUUAAUUAACUGGGGCCAUUGGUGUGGGGCCACGCUUGUGGCAGACACCUGGCUGAUCUCAGCUGCUCAUUGUUUUGUAAGGAAUCCAAAUCCACUGAGCUGGGAGGCAGAUUUGGGAACCAUCUAUAGAGACAGUCAACAUGCUACAACAGUGAGAAGGAAUAUUACGAGGAUCGUUUCUCACCCCUUAUUUGACAGAAUAUCCGCUGAUUACGAUGUGGCUGUACUGGAGUUAUCUAGCCCUGUAUCAUUCUCCAGAUCUAUCCAGCCUGUGUGCCUGCCAUCCCCCGUGCAUAUCUUCCCCACAGGAAAGAACUGCAGUAUCACAGGAUGGGGAACCCUUAGAGAAAGAAGUGAUUAUUUACCCAUCAUUCUCCAGGAAGCCCGUGUUCCAAUAUUCAAUAUGAGCGAAUGUGUCAAACUCAAUAGAUACCGUGUAACACCACGAAUGCUUUGUGCCGGAUUCUCAGCUGGUGGAGUGGACAGCUGUAAGGGUGAUUCUGGUGGCCCCUUGGUGUGUGAGGAGUCACCAGGCAAAUGGUUCCUGGCUGGUAUUGUGAGCUGGGGAGAAGGUUGCGCCCGACCAAACAGACCUGGUGUCUACACAAGAGUGACGGCGAUCCGGGACUGGGCCUUGCACAUAAUGACACAGUCUAAUAUAAUUAGUUCUGCAUCUGAGAUCGAAAGAGAACAGACCACUUCAGUGAUAAAUAGGACCUCGACCUCCACUUUAGCAGUAGAGGUUAAUUGUACAGACACUACUUUCAAGUGUUCUGACAAUAAUUGCAUCAAUAAACACAACGCAGAGUGUGAUGGUGUCAGAGAUUGUACUACAGGUUCUGAUGAGUUAAACUGCAAUUGCGGAUCUACACCUCUAAUGGUCAACACGAAGAUUGUGGGCGGAGUAAACAGCAAACUUGGAGAGUUUCCCUGGCAAGUCAGUCUACAUAUGACAUGGAAAGGGCACACAUGUGGAGGAACUCUGAUCUCUCCCGAAUGGGUGGUCACUGCUGCCCACUGCUUUAUAACUCAGAAGAAUCCACUUUAUUGGAGUGGUUACCUGGGAUCAAUAUACUUAACAGGAUUUCGAGGCACCAGAGUAACCUUCAAACGCAUAAUCAUUCACCCAUCCUUCAGAGGCUUCACCCUGGAUUAUGAUAUUGCCCUCCUGCAACUAUCCUCACCUGUUAACACCACCAAGACCAUUCAAUCUGCCUGUCUACCCUCAUCCUCCCACAGGUUUUCCAAAGGAAUGACAUGCUUUAUUACAGGCUGGGGCCUUACAAGUGAAGGGGGUAGAUUGUCUUACCUGCUGAAGAAAGCCAAAGUGGAUUUGAUUAGUGACCCCUCGUGUCAUGAACUAUACGGUAGUCAAAUCUCUCCUCGAAUGCUCUGCGCUGGAAAAGUGACAGGAGGAGUGGACUCAUGCAAGGGAGAUUCUGGUGGUCCACUUAUUUGCAGGGAAUCUUCAGGAAAGUGGUUCCUUUUUGGAAUUACAAGUUGGGGAGAAGGUUGUGCAAGGCCAAACGCACCUGGCGUCUACAGCAGAAUCACAGCCCUUCGAAACUUCAUUGAAAGCCAUGUUUUCUGAAAGCUGAAAGGAUCUACCAUUAUUUCUGAUUCACCAGAUGCAUUGAAUUUUGAUACUGAACAUGUGAUUUCAGCUGGGGCUGUGGGACUUGAUCAAUUCUCUUAGUUUUUGACAUCCAGUGAUCAGCUCUUGCAGCAUUCAGUUUCUCCACUGUUUCACUUGUGAAUGAGUAUAUGGAUUUUAUUGAAGUAUAAUGUACUGUACAUGAAGGUGAUCUACUGAUGUUCUUUAAACUGUGUUUAUGCCUCAUGACUCUAACAAACCAAAUCAGAUAAUAGAUAUUGUAUUAUAUACUAUCAAUUAGUGCAUAAUGACCCAGAGAUGUCUUUUGUCAGUUUUGGACCUGAGGUAUCUAUAAAUGUUUCAGGGUAAAUAAAUCCAAGGGCAGAUGUUAGAAUAUAGGGGUAAUCUAUAUUUAAUCUAUUCUCUGCACUGCACCAACAUUAAGAUCUCCUUAAGGUAGCUUUUCUGAAGAGUCUGGGUGGGACAGAAAAUCUGUGAUAGUCCACUCCCAAAAAAACAAAAACUAGAAUUUUGUUUUGUUGAUAUUAUUGAAUAAAUAUUUAAUGUGCAUUGUUCAAAUCAUUAACCCAUCAAGAAGCUGAGAGGAGUUGCGCACAGAACACAUAAACACAGUGGAUCACAGACAGUAUUUUCAUUCUUUUAAGAGAAACAAUCAUAAACUGAGAAUUUUAUCAGGCAAGGGCUGGUGCAUUAUUUACACGUGUAUGUUAUUCACGGGCAAAUCAUAUAUUACUGAAGGAUCUCUUUGACUUAAUUGUUCCUUUGAUUUGAAAUAAUUAUAUAAUAUAUAUACACACACAUUGUAUAUUGGAGGUUAGUUAAAAUUUUAUUUGCAAUGGUAAAUUUGUUCAAAAUAACUCAUUAUUUGUGUGACCAGGUGCUGUUGGAUGGGUUUAAAAACCAUUACUUCAAAGGAAGCAACAGAAAUAUUAGCUUUGACACCAAAGAUUGACAGCUAGAGUUUAAAACAGGACAAUCAUACUUACGAAUUCUAGAUUCACUUCCUUCUUGGAAGCUGUAUAUCGAAACCCAAAUGCCAAGCCGAAGACUAGAAUUAUUUGUUAAGUAAGCAACAGGGGACCAUUAGAAGCAAGAAGUUCUACAAAAUUCAAGUAAAAUGAUAAAUUAACAGAAGAAUCCUGUAAGGGCAAGCACUAUUAUACCAACAUCAUUAUAUCAACAGUAAACUAAUAUAAAUAAACUUUGGUAAUGAAAGCAUGAAGUUAGUUGGAUAGGAAUGAUCUUUGAUGGUUAGCAAUAUCUGGGCAUAGCUUACACGAACAAGAGAAUCAAAUAUACCCAGAGAACAGAAGGAUAGGAAAGCGGGGGACAUGAUUAAAAAAAGAACAGCACUGUGGAACAGGAAAACAUCUAAAUACUGUGGGAACGUUUUGCCCCCUUUUGCUGAAUCAACUGUGGAUAGUAACCGUAUGUAUAAAAAUUAAAACUGUAACAAUGGAAAAUUUAAAGUUGGAUGAAGAAAAAUAAUGGCUUGAAGAAAAGGAAGUGAUUUACAAAAAUAAUGCAGGAUAAUUUGGUAAAGCAUAGCACACUAAUGACAGUAAUAAAUCAACAAAAUCCUGAGAAUCUUUACAAAUUUUAAACUACCUUAGGUAUUUUCUCAAGAAUACAUCUAAAGAUUUGAAUAUCUUAUACUUAUGGUGUGUACUUCUGAUCCACUAUUAAAGCAUAUAAUGGCAUUGGGAAGGUCAGUACAAUGGAAACUUAUUUUGUUGGAACUGGAUAUUGGAAUCUUUUGUAAAUGGCACAACAAAUACAUCUCAGAUCUGUGUCUUAAACCAAAACAUGUCUUAAGCUGCUUUUUUUUUGGGGGUAUGUGAAUAUACACAGUAAUAAAGAAAAAAAUUCAAUGAAUUUAACUCAAUCUAAUUUACUUCCUA